AUGGACCAACAAGGCCAGCCUGGGCCCUUGAACCCCAAUGGCCGUCGCCUGCACAUCGCUCAUCGACGUAGCCCGUCUGAGCUGACUCCGCUGAUGAUGGAACAACUUGCCAUCGCCCAACAGAUCGAAGUCUUACAGCAGCAGCAGCAACAAAUUGCUGCAACUCAUCAACAAUAUGUUAACAUGGGCAUGAUUCAGCCCCAGCAACAUCUGCCCGGUAACUUCCAGAUGCAGGGACAGAUGUCUAACGUAUCACCCAAUCCGAACCAAUUCCAGUUCGCGCAGCAGGUGCCUCAGCAGCACCUUGCCGUUCCGAUGAACCCUCCUUCGCAGCCAUCCUCUCACCGUCGCAACCAGUCGGCUUUGCCCAACGUCAUGGGCGGGCCGCCGCCUGCGCCCUCGUCGGGCGCCUCUGGCUUUGGCGAAUACGGCGGACAGCAGGGAACUCAAGGCAGGGAGAAUGUCAACCCACGCGGUCGAGGUGGCGGUGGUGCUGGAUCGGGACAUACCCGUCGGCACUCACUCGCCCUGCCCGAAGCUAAGAAGGCAGCUGAACUGGCAGAACAGAAGAGAAAGACUUCUGGUUUCCAGUUCCCCAUUCCUGGCUCCGCUGGCGGCUCUAGCAACCGUGACGCAAGCCCGAGUGGAAACACACCGACUGAACAGUCUGCGGGCCGCGGUGGGCGUGGUGCACAUGGUCGCAGCCAGAGCAUGGCUGUUGGCCGCGGCGGUGGAAGCGCAGGCCGUGGUGGACCAGCUUUCUCAUUCCCUGCAGCGCCGGCUGGCGAUAACGGUGGUGCGCAGAAUGGCCAGUCUGACUUCCAACGCCGUGGCAGUCAAGGGCACGGCCGAAGCCAAUCUCGCAACUUCGAGGGCAACUGGAGGCAGCCGCAACCGCAACCCCAAGCUCAACCGCAGCAACAACCAGACCAAAACAACCAAGCCCAGAACAUGGGCAAUUUCAACAUGAACCAAACAGCAAAUGCCGCUCCUUUCCAGCCCGGUCACCGCACCCGUGGCUCAGUCAAUCAGUCUGUUGGCUCUCUCGGUAACUUCCAAUACCCAGGCCAGCCUCAGCUUAUGCAGCUACCUCAGGGUCAGGUGCUGCUUCAGCAGCAAAUGCUCGGCGGUCAGGGUCUCAACCCGCUACAGAUUGCCCACCUACAGGCACUUCAAGCUGCACAGAUGAACGGCGGGGGUUUUGGAGGCAUUCCUGGCCAGCAAGGCCAACCGCAGAUGAUGCAACAACAACAGCAACAGCGCAAGACGCUUUUCACUCCUUACCUACCUCAGGCGACCCUGCCUGCCCUCCUCGGUGACGGACAACUUGUUGCCGGUAUCUUGCGGGUCAACAAGAAGAACCGCAGCGACGCAUAUGUUACCACUACAGAUCUCGAUGCCGACAUCUUCAUUUGCGGUAGCAAAGACAGGAACCGAGCACUCGAAGGUGACUUGGUUGCUGUUGAACUUCUCGACGUGGAUGAGGUGUGGGGACAGAAGCGUGAGAAGGAAGAGAAGAAGAAGAGGAAGGAUAACGCCGAUCCUCGAGGCAGCAACAUUGCCGUGAACGACGCCACUACUCAGCCUGAGACUAGCGGCGAGGGCGGAAUUCGGCGCCGAGGAAGUUUGCGCCAGCGCCCUACGCAGAAGAAGAAUGAUGAUGUCGAAGUCGAAGGCCAGAGUCUUCUGCUGAUGGAGGAGGAAGAGAUCAACGAUGAACAGAAGCCUCUGUAUGCUGGUCACAUUGUCGCCGUCAUUGAACGAGUAGCUGGUCAGAUGUUUUCUGGUACCUUGGGUCUUCUACGCCCCAGCAGCCAGGCCACAAAGGAGAAGCAAGAAGCUGAGCGUGCGGCUCGUGAAGGCAGCAACUCUCGUCCUCAGGACAACCGCCAGCAAGACAAGCCGAAGAUUGUUUGGUUCAAGCCAACUGACAAGCGUGUGCCCUUGAUCGCUAUUCCGACCGAACAAGCUCCACGUGACUUCGUCGAGAAGCACCAGGAUUAUGCGAACCGCAUCUUCGUGGCCUGCAUCAAGCGAUGGCCCAUCACCUCCCUGCAUCCGUUCGGAACACUUGUCGAGCAGUUGGGUGAGAUGGGUGACCUUAAGGUGGAAACCGAUGCUCUUCUGCGAGACAACAACUUUGGUCCCGACGACUUCUCCGACGCUGUCAUGAAAAAUGUCGGAUUUGAGGAUUGGUCUGUUGCCAACGACGGAGAGGCUGCGUUGGAAAACCGCCGAGACUUCCGCAGCGAACAUACCUUCACCAUCGAUCCUAAUGGUUCAAAGGAGCUGGAUGACGCCAUUCACUUCAAGUACCUGGACGAUGACCGCGUUGAGAUUGGCUUCCACGUUGCCGACGUAGCUCACUUUAUCAAGGCGAACUCACUUGUGGACCGUGAAGCAAAGAAGCGCGGCACGGCUGUAUACCUCAUGGAUCGUACCGUCAACAUGCUGCCCCCCCGCCUAUCUCAAGAAAUUUGUUGCUUGAGCCCUGGCGAGGAGCGCUACACUGUGAGUGUGGUAUUCAAGGUCGAUCCAAACUCUGGACGUGUCUUCGAAGACGAGACGUGGAUUGGCAAGUCCAUUAUCAAGAGCGUUGGCAAGCUGUCUUAUGAUGAGGUCGAUGCCGUUAUCAAUGGCAACGCGUCUGAAGUCUCAGAGGGCCGUGCCAAGGAUAUCAAGAUGCUCCACCACGUCACUCAGAAGUUCCGGGAGGCUCGCUUCGGCGAUCGUAGUACCGACAUCCCGUCCCUUCGUCUGAUGCACCAGCUCGACGACGAGAACGUGCCGGUUGAAGCCAACAUCUUUGAUUCAUCGCCUUCGCACGAGUGCAUUGAGGAGUUGAGCCACAAGACCAACGCGUUUGUCGCCAAGCAGAUCCUUGCCAGUCUUCCGGAGAAGGCGCUUCUCCGGCGCCAGGCCCCGCCCAACCCUCGUCGUCUCCAGACUAUUGCUGAGCGUAUGGGCGCCAUCGGCUAUACCAUUGAUACCACUAGCAGUGGCAGUGUACAGAACAGCCUGUUCCAGAUUGAAGACGUGGACAUCCGCAAGGGAUUGGAGACCCUUGUCAUCAAGUCAAUGACUCGCGCCAAAUACAUUGUGGCAGGAAAGCAAACCGAGGAUCAGCGUUCUCACUAUGCUUUGAACCUUCCCUUGUAUACUCACUUCACCAACCCCUCUCGACGAUAUGCAGACAUCAUUGUCCACCGCCAGCUGGAGGCUGCCCUGUCCGACGGCGCCAUUGAAUUCACGGAGGACAUCGAGGUUCUCGCGAAGACCGCCGAAAUGUCCAACACCAAGAAGGACUCGGCUCAUGCUGCCCAAGAGCAGAGUGUGCACAUUGAGGCCUGCCGUGCCAUGGACAAGACAAGGCAAGAUCUGGGCGGUGACCUCAUCAGCGAAGGUAUCGUUCUCUGCGUGUACGAGUCGGCGUUUGAUGUCCUUAUCCCCGAAUUCGGCUUUGAGAAGCGCGUACACUGCGACCAGCUGCCGUUGAAGAAGGCUGAGUUUGACAAGAACAAGCGUCUCCUUGAGCUUUACUGGGAGAAGGGUGUCCCGUCGUCUGCGUACAUCCCGGAAGAUGAGAGGCCGAAGCAUGGCUCAGGUCGGGCUGCACAAGCCGCUGCUGCUGCCCGCGACGCGGAAGCCGCUAAGCAACGCGCCAAGGAGCAGGAAGAAGCCCAGCGCAGGCAAAUGGAUACCGGAGCACGCGAUGACGACGCUCUGUUUGACGACGACGACGAUGAUGAUUCCAGCGACCUCACCGGUGCUAUGGCUGGUGUCUCACUGAACACCGGCGCAGACCGCCCCACGCAAAGCAUGCCUCCGUCGCCGACCAGAAAUGGCCUCCACUCCAGCCGAUACGCCCCGCACCGCGUCAAGUCUGACUCCAAGCUCGCACAGAGCGCCAGCGACACCCCUGAAGCCAAGCUCACCAACAAGGAGAAGUACUUGAGCUGGUUCACUCUUCGCGAGGAGAACGGAGACUACAUUCAGGAUGUGCGGGAGAUGACUCGUGUGCCUAUCAUCCUUAAGACGGACCUGUCCAAGAGCCCUCCAUGCUUGACGAUCCGAUCCCUGAACCCUUACGCUCUAUAA